CGGAGGGGGCGUGGCGGUGUGUACGCCUAUCUGAGUCACCGUUGUGGGUGAAGUAACGUAGUCAGUACGGUGGCCCAGAGGAGCCGCCUCUAGUGUGAGGGAAGUGUGUGGAAAGCCGGGACUUGUGGCAUGGAGGGUGUGUGACUAGAAGUGUUGCUCGGCUCGGGGGAUGCUUCUUGGUGUCUGUGGUAGGAGGACACUUGGCAGAGUUCAUGGCUUAAUGACAACGUCCUCCUUGGCUAUCAGAUCGCGCCGGAGCCUGUCACACAGAAUGGAGCAGCGCAUGGUUUGGGUGGAUCUGGAGAUGACUGGAUUGGAUAUUGAAAAGGACCAAAUAAUUGAGAUGGCGUGUUUAAUAACGGACCAUGAGCUUAACAUCCUUGCUGAGGGUCCGAACCUGAUCAUAAAACAACCUGAUGAGCUACUGGAUGGCAUGUCAGAAUGGUGCAAAGAACAUCAUGGGAAGUCUGGCCUCACACAAGCCGUACGGGACAGUAAAAUACCCUUACCACAAGCAGAGUACGAGUUUCUCUUUGUUAUACUUAGAAAUAAAGUUAACAAAGACAUAAUUAUAGUAAUAAUUGUGAUGAUAAAGUGUGAAUACAGUUGGUAUAGCUACAGAAAUUCUGUGCACGUGGAUAAAGUAUUCCUGAACAAGUACAUGCCUCAGUUUAUGAGACAUUUGCAUUACAGGAUCAUCGAUGUAAGCACUAUAAAGGAAUUAUGCAGGCGCUGGUAUCCUGUCGAAUACGAACGUGCACCAAAGAAAGCAUCGUCACAUAGAGCUCUAGAUGAUAUCAGCGAAAGCAUCAAGGAACUGCAGUUUUACAGGGAGAACGUUUUCAAGAAGAAUGAAAAAAAUCAUAUAGAUAAUGGAAGAAAUCUGCAGAGCUAAUUUUACAGUUAGAUUAACAUCUCAGCAGUAAAUAUUGUCUGUGUGCUUGGUCAGCAGAAAUGCGAAAUGUUACUGUAUG